AUGUCCAAAUCUGGGGGCCUGGCGGAGGCUGACAGGCUUUUCUCGGAGGGCACGAAACUGAUCAACCCCUCGGUGUUGGCUCUCCGCUUCAAGGCGCAGUGGUCCACUGCAACGCCUCUAUUUGAGAGGGCUGGUCUUCUAUACAGGCAACAUGGGGAGCUGGCCCAGGCUCGCACGGCAUUCGAGAGGGCCGCCAAAGGUCAAGAGCGCCAGAAUUCCGGCUGGCAUGCCGCCAAGAAUUGGGAGAAGGCAGCCGACAUAGCUCGGGCGCAGUCAGAUGCAGCAGGUAUCGAGUCUUGCAGCCUGGCUGCUGCCGAACAGUACUGUGGGGAGGGCCGCCUGCCAGCAGCAGCAGACGCAGCAGUCAAGGGUGCCAGGGCCCUCGAGACGCUUGCACCAGAGGUUGCCACAAAACUGUACGCCAAGGCAAUUGAGUGGCUGGAAGAUUCUGGGAAGGAUGGCACAUCAGGAGACACGUACAGGCUGGCCAUCGCGCAUGCCGUGCGAGGGGCCCGCUGGGAGGUGGCGGGCCCCCUCCUGCUGCGAUUCGCGGCCUCCUGCGACGCCGCAGGGGCAAGCAGCAGCCAGGCCAAGGCCUACCUGGGGGCGGUGGUGGUCUGGCUCUCCGCCGCCCGCCCCAAGGAGGCCUGGGCCGUGUACCAGGACGCCCUGGCCGUCAGCGCCUUUUGCACCAGCAACGAGGCCUUUGCCGCAGAGGCCCUGUUCGACGCCUACCGCACCGCGUUCCCCGCCGCAGUGGCGGCUGCGGUCAGCGGCAACCAGGCCUUCCUGCACCUCGACAACCAGCUGGCCCGGCUGGCUAAGAAGCUGGGGGAAGGGCCGGUGGCUGAGAUCGAGGCCGCGCUGCCAGGUGGAGGCGGGCCCCCUCGCCUCCAGGCUGCUGAAGCCGGCGAAGAGGACCUGACCUGA